CACACACUAGCAGCUAGUCAUAAAGAUUAGAGGCGAUAUGUCUCUCGCCACCCUGCUGCUCCCCUCCCCAGGCUCUAUGGCCACCAAGGCUGGCACGGCCGGCGACCACCACACCGACAGCAGGAGGCACGACCACGACCACCACGGCAGCAAGUGCAAGAAGAAGCCACCGGCAUCACCGCAACCGUCGUCGCUCGCGUCGGCGCCGAGAACCCCGCCAUCAGGGGCACGAAGCCAGCGCGUGAUGGUCAUGGCUGCGUCCUCGUCAUCUCCCAGGAAGAAAAGCCCCAAGGCCCCCGCGGCGGGCAAGAACAGCCGCGCCCAGUACCAGCAGCACCGAGGCCAGGCGACGAAGAAGAAGGCCACUGCGGCGGCGUCCUGGGACUGGGAGCAGGUGAAGAGCCUGCUGAGCUGCCGGAGCGUGACGGCGGCGGCGCGCGUGCACGACCCAGCGGCUCCGUCGGCGCUGGCGCGGCUCCGCGGCAGCGGCGCGGGGACGUGCGGCGCCUCGCUCUGCGCCAUGCGCGACGUGGUCGACGCCGCCUCCUCCGCGGCGUCGUCCGCCGCCGCGUCCGCGUCCGCGUCGGGCGACCGCGACACGGCACCGCUGAACCGCCGGCGCGCGCACCGCGGCGCCUCGUCGUCGUCUGCCGGCGCCGGCAGCAGCCACCACUCCUCCCUGCGGGGCCUCUCCGGCUGCUACGAGUGCCGCGCCAUCAACGUGGAGCCCAUGUCGAGGCGGUACCCGAGGCCGAGGGAGCUGUGCGCGUGCCCGCAGUGCGGCGAGGUGUUCACCAAGGCCGACACCUUGGAGCACCACCAGGCCAUUCGCCAUGCAGUGUCCGAGCUGGGUCCCGAGGACUCGGGGCGCAACAUCGUGGAGAUCAUCUUCAAGUCGAGCUGGCACAAGCGGGACCGCCCCAUCUGCCACAUCGACCGCAUCCUCAAGGUGCACAACGCCCCGCGCACCGUCGCCCGCUUCGAGGCCUACCGCGACGCCGUGCGCUCCCGCUGCCGCGCCGUCGUCGCCGCCCGGGCGGCGGCCGACGGCAACGAGCUGCUCAGGUUCCACUCCGCGCCGCUCGCGUGCGCGCUCGGCCUCGGCGGCGCGACCGCCCUCUGCUGCGCCGCCGCCGACGCCGACGCCGACGCGCCCGCGCCGCCCUGCGGCGUGUGCACGGCCAUCCGGCACGGCUUCGCGCCGUGGCUGGGCGCGCACCCGCUCGGCGUGCGUACCACGGCCAGCAGCGGCCGCGCGCACGACUGCGCCUCGGAUAAUAAUAAUCCGUCGCCGCCGCCGCCCCACCAGACGCAGUCGGCGGCGAGCGACGUUAGCAACGCUGCCGCCUGCCGCGCCAUGCUGGUGUGCCGCGUCAUCGCCGGCCGCGUCCGCCGCGACGGCGACGGCGACACGUCCGCCGCUGCCGGCGAGGAUCAGGAAGGCCCGUUCGACUCGGUGGCGGGUGAGGACGCCGCCAGCAGCAGCGUGUACGGGAACCUCGAGGAGCUCUUCGUGGCCAACCCCAGGGCCAUCCUGCCCUGCUUCGUCGUCAUCUACCGCGUCCUUGAUUCUUGAUAGCUAGCUGGAGCCUGUGCACGUCUUCGUUCUCAUAUAUAAUACUACGUACAUCUGUAUCUAUAUGAAACGAAUACCCACGACCAAGGUGGUCACUCAUGCCGUCGUUAAUUUUCUUCUCUUCUAAUUUUCUUGUCAAACAGCUAAUUAAAACUCAUAUAUAUAAUGUCAUGUG